AUGGAUGCAAGUGGUUAUAUAGAAAACGAUUCUAAAGCUAUGGUUUUACUUAUGGGAUUAAGAAGAUGUGGGAAGUCAUCGAUAUGUAAAGUUGUGUUUCAUAAUAUGCAGCCUCUGGAUACCCUAUAUUUAGAAUCAACAUCAAGCCCUUCUUUAGAACAUUUUUCGACAUUAAUUGAUUUAGCAGUGAUGGAGUUACCUGGUCAAUUGAAUUAUUUCGAGCCCAGUUAUGAUUCUGAAAGAUUAUUUAAAAGUGUGGGUGCUUUAGUCUAUGUUAUUGACUCGCAGGAUGAAUAUAUGAAUGCAAUAACUAAUCUAGCCAUGAUCAUAGAUUAUGCAUAUAAAGUCAAUCCUAAUAUUAAUAUCGAGGUUCUUAUACAUAAAGUAGAUGGGUUAAGUGAAGAUUUUAAAGUGGAUGCUCAAAGAGAUAUUAUGCAAAGAACUGGUGAAGAAUUAUUAGAAUUAGGCUUGGACGGGGUUCAAGUCUCAUUUUAUUUGACUUCCAUCUUUGAUCAUUCCAUAUAUGAAGCAUUCUCGAGAAUUGUUCAAAAACUUAUACCUGAAAUUUCAUACUUAGAAAAUAUGCUUGACAACUUAAUACAGCAUUCAAAGAUAGAAAAAGCUUUUUUGUUUGAUAUAAAUUCUAAGAUAUAUGUCUCAACUGACUCCAACCCUGUUGAUAUUCAGACUUAUGAAGUAUGUGCUGAGUUUGUAGAUGUGACUUUGGAUUUAUUCGAUUUAUACAAGAAUAGAUUAGGACCAGGAAAUAACGAUGAAGAUGGCAUAAAUAAGCCUAUUUAUCAAGAACUGAAGAAUGUUUCAGAAUUGGGAAAUGGUGUCAUUCUAUAUUUGCGUCAAAUGAUUCGCGGAUUGGCACUAGUCGCACUAAGUAGACCUAAGAAUGCAGAUGUAGAGAGUUGUUUGACUAUUGCAGACUACAAUAUUGAUAUAUUCAAAAAAGGUUUGGAAGAUAUAUGGGCUCGUUCAAAGAUUGAUAAUAGUCAAAUAAAGGCCAUACAAAAUGAGUCUGUAAACCGUUGA